AUGUACUGGCCCACCUCUUGCGCCGAGAGGAUCCACCUCUCACCUUCAGGACUGCACCGUCCUGCCACCUUUCUUCAUUUCGAUAAGGAUGCAGGCCAACAGCUUCCUAGUCCAGUAUCCGACCGAAUGGAUGGUGCUGAUGAACAAGUUAUUCAGCUCGCUCGCUCUCGCAACGGCAUACUGUGGGCUGCGCUCAGCACGACCACCAUCUCGGUAUGGUCCUCACGUCCUGCCCAGGUAGUUGCUGCUCUCGUUCGUACACCUCAUAGCAUUGCCGAAUACGGCAACAACGCGCGUGUAGAAUGGCGUCCAGAUGGAAAGGCUCUCCUCGUUCAGACCGACCUCAACUUCCUUCUGCUCUACAACAUUGUCUAUCGCCAUCAAGCCUCCUCGAUCUACAGCUACAUUCCUCCUUCCGGUUCCGGCACACGCUCUCAGUCUGGCGAUUUGCUUGCGCCUAAUCCCAAUGCGCUGCGCAACUCCUUCUCCCCUGGUGCCGGCGAAAGCGCGGCUGCCGGCGACUUGGGUCUUGGCGGUCUAGCAGGCGAGGCCUGCGAGCUCCGCUUCCGUCUCGUGCUUCGCAUAGACGCAGGCCUGCGCUUCGCCGCAUCAACAGAGACCCACAUGCUCGUCAGCACCACUUCACCUCCUGCAAUCCAAUGCAUCCGAUGGCCGAGCGAUGAUCCUGAUGCUCCGCCCCCUGACUUUCAUGAUCCCUUGGUUCGCACUCGUACCACUUUGACCACUCAGCUCGACUGGUUUACACCCGAGACGCGUCCGCUUCCAGAAUCCAGUGCAGGGCCAGCUCAGGUACACAUCGUCCAUAUCACCUACUCACGACCCAUGGACGUCUUUGUAUGGCUCACCUCAGACGGACGCGCUUACGUCGCCAAUCUCGAUCUGCUCGCAACUACCGGCUCUUCACCUUGGACUGGUCGGUGUUUCCAUGGCGCGCCCCGAAACCGUAGACGGCAGUCUUCUACUGUUGCGCAAACAGCAGAACCAGAUGCUUCAACUGAAAUUAGCCACACAGGCAAAGCAGACGCAGGUGUCACGACUCAGGACGCACGAGUGUUACCAGUCGCUCCAGCUGUCAACGGCUCCAAGUUGAAUGGCGUGCACGAGCAGGCUAAUCGAGACUCGGCCACGGCUAUCAUCCCCAAUGCUGAGCCGAAUACGAAGCAAGAGCCAUCGUCCGUGGUGAUGGACCUUGCGCCGGAGCAGCAUGCAAUCAGCGUAUCCGUCAACGCCAAAUUUAGCCUCAUCGCUCUUGGCCUGGCUGAUGGAACGGUGGCGGUUUACACGUAUCGUGCUCCAGGUCGAACACCUUUGCAUUCACAUACCUUGUCCGUCAGACACGCACUCAAAUCCACAGCAAGCUACCUGACCACAGGUCCUGUCCGCUCCCUUUCCUGGACCAGUGAUGGCUACUCUCUCGCCGUCGGGUGGCAAAACGGCUUAUCCACCUGGUCGACCUACGGCAAGCUCAUGGCCUGUACACUUCGUGAAGACUGGGAGCUCGCUUCGAAAAACUUUUCCGACGCCUUCAUGUUUGGAGCUCGCGAUCUGUUCUGGGGACCAGGCAACACAGAGCUUUUCAUCCUGGCGCUUUCCAAGCAAAAUGGCUCACCGUUGCAGCCCAAUAACCAGCUUUUCAUCCUUCCGUUCUCUAAAUCGGCGGUAGCGGGCCAGCAUUCACCCGACAAUACUCGGUUUGCCUUCUAUCAGACCGACGACAGCUUACAUGUCUAUCGAGGUGCUGACCAGACCGAUCUUACUGCCAUCACUCCGGAAAGCGACGUGUGGCAGCAUAUCAAAAUUCCGCAGCCCUAUCUAGCCGCCAACUGGCCGGUCCGCUAUGCAGCUAUCAGCGCUGACGGCAGUUUGAUUGCGGUUGCUGGGCGUCGCGGACUUGCACACUACUCUAGCAAUUCGGGGCGUUGGAAGCUGCACAAGAGUGUUGCACAGGAGCAAUCAUUUGUGGUACGCGGAGGUAUGCAAUGGUUCCAACACGUUCUCAUCGCUGCCUGCGACUCGGGUGGAGAGUAUCAGCUUCGUCUAUACUCGCGCGACACCGACCUCGACUCGUCGCAUCUGCUCGAUCUGCAGGUGCUCCCUAGCCCUGUGAUUCUGACGUCUCUUUUUGACAACAGCUUGCUGGUCUACACGGCGGACAAUACCUUCUACCAUUUCCUGAUCGACCUUUCUCAGGACCGCAUCCGUCUUCGACUUUGCGGCUCUAUCACUUUCGAAGGUAUCGUUGGCGAGCCAGCCAGAGUACGAGGCAUGAGUUGGAUGAUCCCCGAGAGUCAACAGCGUUUUGGCGAUCCGAUGGAUGACCUGUCGGUCGCCACGAUCAUCUUUCUGAUUGAUGGCAAGCUCGUCUUGUUGAGACCACGCAAGGUGAGCGGCGGCAGCAGGCUCGAUGCAUCGCACCAUACGCUUCAAGAUUAUGACGAACAAGACGUAUCGUACGCUGAUGACGAUGAUGGUGACAGUGACGAGGUUGCCUACGACAUGCAGAUCCUCGCGGACAAGAUCGAGUACUACUGGACGCAUCUGCAGGGCAUUGGCACGCUCGAAAAUUCACUCUGGGCGUACGACGGCAGUGGGAUCAAGCUUUGGCUCGAUGCGCUUCGCAUUGCGUCGUCUGACCCGGACGAAUCGUCGCGGUCGGAUGCAGAUGACGAUGAGCAAGAUCUGGCGCCAGAAUACAAGACGAUCGAAUCGUCCGUCUCAAUGCCGCUCGACUUCUAUCCGCUCUGUGUGCUGUUGGAGAAGGGGAUUGUGCUCGGUGUCGAAUCCGAGGCAUCGCUGCGUCGCUCUUUGGACUUUGCACUCUGGCGAACAGGAACCAACACGCAUUUGUUCUUGCACCAAGUGCUUCGAAACUAUCUGGAAAAAGGACUGAUCGAAGAGGCUGUAUACUUUGCGGCUUCGUAUCAGGAUUUGGUGUACUUUGCACAUGCUUUGGAGAUUCUGCUGCAUGCAGUGCUAGAGGACGAAGCUGAUGCUGGGUUGGGAGAUGCGCUGUAUGCUCGCAAGGGGUCGGGCAGCGUGUUGCAAAAGGAGCGGAGUGCUAGCUCGCUGCUUGCCGAUGUAGCCGAAGAGGCGGACGAAGAUGCUAACGGUCAGCAAGGUGGUGCUGUUGCAGACACAAGCAAGGAUCUCAGCAGGUCGUCGCACUCUUCGCACCUGGGGCUGCCAAGAGAUGCGCGCUGCUCUCGAUCACCUUCGCCCCCGCAGCCGCAGCCGCAGCCGCGCGCGAUCCUGCCGCUUGUUGUCGAGUUUCUGGACCAUUUCCCUGAAGCGCUCGAGGUGGUGGUCGGGUGUGCACGCAAGACCGAAGUGGCGCGCUGGGCAUACCUGUUCGAUGUGGUCGGCGCACCUCGCGUGCUUUUCCAGAAAUGCAUUCAAGCGGACCAGCUGCGGACAGCCGGCAUGUAUCUGCUAGUGCUGCACAAUUUGGAGCCGUUGGAGGUGUCGAUCGCGCACACGAUCCAGUUGGUCAAACUGGCUGUGCACAAGCACGACUGGAUGACGUGUCAUGAUUUAUUACGCUUUGUAGCGAGUAUUGAUCCGAGCGGUGGCGCGUUAAGCAUCGCCGUUGACGAGGCGCGCAUUUUGGCUGAUGACGAGCGCGCCGACUGUGGCUUGCAGACACCGCCGAAACUGGUGCGUGCUGCAAGUGCACCGGCAUCCACCAAGUCUCCUCUGGACCCUAUGAUGGAAGAAGACGAAGAUCCCGAGACGCUUUCGGGUCCGGGUCCGGGUCCGGGUUCGGUUUCGCUCUCGCGCGCGCCUGUGCGACCCACACUGUCUCCCACACGCCCCAAGUCGGCGACACUCAAUCUGCCCACACGCAACAUCCCCGAUGUGGUCAUCAACGCCGACUCGCUCACCCCGACGCUGGCCGCCAUGCGAAUCGCGACCAAGCGCCAAUACGCCCACGGCAUCGGUAUCAGCCUCACCCGCGUCGGCCUGCGCAGCUCCGAUCGCGUCUGGGACAAAUCCCCCACGCACGCCAAUCGCUCCGCAAGCGCCUCACCACCGCUCCCUGACGCACCCUCUCAACACACCGAGUCACCGCAAUGA